AUGUACCUUCUUUUUUCUCCAGCUGGUAGUGUAGAGUUGGCUAACGACUGUCCUAGCGGGCAAAACAUUACUCUAACAUUUGUCAAGGUCGACACCGCCGCCAGUUGUGGUUGUAGAGCUGUGGGUAAUGACAGUUUGACCAGACACGUCCAGUGGUUCAAGUCUAACGGACAGGCCGCUUCAGGAAGCUCUCUGACCUCAGCGACCUUGAACUUCACUGCUCGAGUGGGUGAAAGCUAUACGUGCAGUGAAAUCGUGAACGGCGGGAGAAUUUCCAAUCUAACAUUUUCUCCACAUGUGGCUUACGGCCCAUCGUCUGUUGAGUGGGUUCUCACUGGGGGCACGUAUGCCGUGUGCCCUGGGGUGACACCCCCUGUCCUGAAGUGCCAGACGCCCGUCUAUGACCCCAAUCAGCCGCCCUGGUUCCUCAUCUACCGUACCAUAGACCAAAACACGCGAGAGGCUGGCAUUAAUCUACCAAACAGAACAGCUGACGGGCUUUGGGGAAUUUCUACAAGUAUUGAAGAUGACGAGAUUGGCCAAGUCACAAGGAAAUGUCGAGCCAGUAAUAUGUAUUUUAGGGACAUGUUUGUUGAGAACGUCACAACUAUCUUAGUUCAAAGACCGUCCUCAUCCCCGCCUGUCAUCAGAGUUGAUGGAGCCCCCUACAUCAACGGCUCAAGUUUCACAACAACCGAGAACGUCCCCCGUCACAUCGCCUGCACUGUGUCUGGUGGUGAGCCAAACGUCUACGCCAUCACCUUCACGUGUGGUCAGCACAUCAUCACAGAGUACGGAAACACAGCUGACUUGCUGCAGACGACAUUUUCUAAAGCAGAAAACGGCCAAAAGUGCACGUGCUCUGCAAGUCACGUGACCGGAUGUUACAAUCUGAGGACUGAAAUCACGAUCAGUGUCCGGUACCAACCAACCGUGACAAGUUUCACGGCCGUUGGAAAGGAUACCGAGGUCACCAUCAAACAGGGCGACACAAUCAACUUCAACUGUACAGCCAGUGCCAACCCCAGGCCAACCAUGUACAUCACACAGAGAUCUCCAACCUCAGAGCCUUUCAUCACAGUACAGACGUACAACCUACAGUACGACAUACGUGGGGCCCAGUGUGACGACACGGACGUCUUCUACUGUGUGGCUGAUAACAGCGUCACAUCCGGGGCACAGGCAACCAAACAACGUUCUAUUCAAGUUUACGUCACUUGCCCACCUCAACCCAUCAAAUCUGGUGAACAAACCCACACGGUUAACCUCAACUCUGAUGCCACCAUCAAGUUUGACGUCACAGCAUAUCCUGUCAUUAACACGUCAUUAGCCGUCCUGUCAGUUGUCAAAGAAAAGUUUCUGGUUCCGGUGGAUGCGACAAGAUACAAUGUCAGUGUAGUGCCAGGUGUGCCACCAAAGAUGACGGUGGUUGUCACAUUCAAGAAAGUCCAGCAAGAAGAUCUCCUACAUUAUGCUGUUGACCUCCAAAAUGGCGUGGGUUCUCGUGCGGCAUACUAUUUUGAUCUUACAGAACCAGAAGACCAAACUCCCAUGUAUAUUGGCAUAGGCGUGGGAGUGGGGGGCGCCGUUCUGUUGAUUAUCGUCGUGCUUGUCAUUGUGGAAUGGAAGAAAAGUAAAAAAUCAAAACUCGACGCUUCCAAAGGUGAACUGGUUACUGGGGACACAGACAAGAGUUCGCGGCCUGAUGGAUCUGAUUAUAAUCAAUUGUAUCCACCUACUGGGCUAUACGAUCCACCGAAGCACCCCAACCCUUCUGUAGACGACGAUUACAUCCAAGUAGAGGACCAUUACGACUAUAUCCCUGACGGCGCCACCCGAGUCGAUUACCCCAGUUACAUGUGUCCAAUUAACGAAGUACCGGAGACCAAUUCGAUUCCACCCAGUGGUAGCUACCUCUCAGACCAGCCCAUUCUAAACCACCGACACUGAAUGACUGUGUGCAGAAUGUGAAACUAGGGUUAUUUUCCAUACAGAUCAAAGGCUUUGCAAUGGAUUUUACAAUGGGGAAUAUCGUAGUAAAAAAAUUGUAUUUUGAGGGUCCAAUCUAACCUUGUUUGAGACUUGUGCAAAAAAGUGGUACAAAGGAGGGAGUUAGGAAUGUUGCUUAUGGCAAGUCAAUAAAUAUUGUUUAUAUGCAACCAUUUAUUUGUUACUUUCCAAUUUAGACCCCAACAUGUCACACGUCACACAUAAUUUCAUUCUUUGAAUAAUUACAUUGAAUAAUUAGAACAAUUUUCUAGUAAUUAUAGUGUUCUUUUAGA